GCAGCACGUUUAUGAGAGCGGACGGAGGACAAGUGUGUUAAAUGAAUGCGGCGGGGAUUCACUAUCUGCUGCCGGAGAAACCUGAACGAUCGAAGUUUUAAACGGAGUAUAAUACACACAACAGCAAGAAAGUGGCAUUAAAUAAUUUGCUGUCAGGAACUUUUACCGAAUCGAAGCUCAUCCAGGAAUGGCGACCACAUCGUCUCUCCCAGUAGAAGACCUCACCUGUCCGGUGUGCAUUGACAUCUUUAAAGACCCCGUCAUGCUAAAAUGCAGCCACAGCGUCUGUAAGACCUGUCUCAGAAAGAGCUGGAAGCACCGCGGCACUGGACCAUGCCCGGUUUGCGCAUUGUCGUGCACAGAAUUCCCCCCUCCGAACCUGGCCCUGAGGAACCUGUGCGAGUCCAUGUUAAAAAACAGGAUUAAGAAACCGGCUUCUGUGUCCGAAUCACUCUGCGGUCUCCACGGCGAGAAACUCAAGCUCUUCUGUCUCAGCGACGAGGAGCCGAUCUGCCUCGUCUGUCAGACUUCAGAGAAGCACGAGAAUCACAAACUGCGACCACUAAAGGAAGCUGCGCUGAAGUAUAAGGAGGAGGUGGAGGAGGCACUGCUGCACCUACAGGAGAAGCUGGAGGCCUUUAUUAAAGAGAAACAGAAGAGUGACCGAGACGCUAAGUUAAUCAAGAGCAACGCUAAUUCUACACUGGUAGUAAUACAAGAGGAGUUUGAGAAACUUCACCAGUUUCUGCGAGAUGAAGAGGCGUCCAGGAUCGCUGCACUGAGGGAGGAAGAGGAGCAGAAGAGCCAGAGGAUGAAGGAGAGGAUUGUAAAAAUGACAAAAGGGAUUUCAUUCCUAUCAAACACGAUCAGAGCCUUACAGCAGGAAAUGAAGGUGGAUGAUAUCUCUUUCCUGCAGAACUACAAGGCCAUAAAGAAAAGUGUCCAAUACAAAGUGUCAGAUCCAGAGAAGCUGUUGGGAGGGCAUAUCGAUGUGGCCAAACACCAGAGCAACCUGAAGUACAAAGUGUGGGAGAAGAUGAAGCGGAUUGUUCAGGACAACGUACAGCCAGAAACCAAGGAGUCCAGCGCCCAUCAGAAAAAGCUCUCUGGGACCAUCGCAGAGGGAGCCAACACCUACGAGGAUCUCACCCAGGUGCAGAGGAUUCCAGAGCAGGCCACUAACGGCGUCCCUAAACAGAAGGGUCUAUUCCCACGUCUCCGCUUUAAUGUGCGCCCACGCCAGAAGGCGGUCAAACAGGACAAGAAGGAUGACUCGGGCAUCCGUGCCAGGGCGCUAUACGACUACCAAGCAGCUGAUGAUACGGAGAUCUCUUUUGGUGCCACUGACAUCAUUACGGGCAUUUCAACGAAUGGCGAUGGCUGGUGGAAGGGCUACAACCCCGACGGGUGCUAUGGACUCUUCCCGGCCAAUUACGUGGAAUACAUCAAUAAUAAGAAAGUAUCAUUAAAUCAUACGCUUUCAGGAACUUUUACCGAGCACAAGAAGGGGGAAAAAAUCGAAGCUCAUCCAAGAAUGGCGUCCACAUCGUCUCUUCCAGUAGAAGACCUCACCUGUCCGGUGUGCAUUGACAUCUUUAAAGACCCCGUCAUGCUAAAAUGCAGCCACAGCUUCUGUAAGACCUGUCUCACAAAGUGCUGGAAGCACCGCGGCACUGGACCAUGCCCGGUUUGCAAAAGAUCGUCCACAGAAUUCCCCCCUCCGAACUUAGCCUUGAGAAACCUGUGCGAGUCCAUGUUAAAAAACAGGAUUACGAAACCGGCUUCUGCGUCCGAAUCACUCUGCGGUCUCCACGGCGAGAGGCUCAAGCUCUUCUGUCUGAGCGACGAGGAGCCGAUCUGUUUCAUCUGUCAGACUUCAGAGAAGCACGAUAAUCACAAACUGCGACCACUCAAGGAAGCUGCGCUGAAGUAUAAGGAGGAGAUAGAGAAAGCGCUGAGCCACCUACAGGAUAAGCUGGAGGCCUUCAAGGAAGAGAAACAGAAGAGUGACCAAGACGCUGAGUUAAUCAAGAGCGACACUAAGUCUACACUAGUAGUAAUACAAGAGGAGUUUGAGAAACUUCACCAGUUUCUGCGAGAUGAAGAGGCAUCCAGGAUCGCUGCACUGAGGGAGGAAGAGGAGCAGAAGAGCCAGAGGAUGAAGGAGAGGGUUGAAAAAAUGACAAAAGAGAUUUCAUCCCUGACAGACACGAUCAGAACUUUAGAGCAGGACAUGAAGGCUGAUGAUAUCUCUUUCCUGCAGAACUACAAGGCCAUAAAGAGAAGCGCCGAAUACAAAGUGACAGAUCCAGAGAAGCUGUUGGGAGGGAAUAUCAAUGUGACUACACACCUGGCCAACCUGAAGUACAAAGUGUGGAAGAAGAUGAAGGGGAUUAUUCAGGACAACGUACAGCCAGAAACCAAGGAGUCCAGCGCCCCCCAAAAAAAGGUCUCAGAACCAGAGGGCAUCUAUGAGGAGCUCCCCCAGGUGGCGCAGGUCAGACGGAGCAGCAGCACCGACAGCAAGCGGAAGAAGCCCACAAUCCUGCAGCGCUUUCACUUACGGGGACAGCAGAAGGGAGACCAGCAGGACAAGCAGGACAAGCAGGAUAAGAAGGACAAGCAAGACAAGCAGGAUAAGCAGGAUAAGAAGGACAAGCAGGAUAAGAAGGACAAGCAGGAUAAGAAAGACAAGCAGAACAAGCAAGACAAGAAAGGCCAGCAGGACAAGAAGGAUAAGAAGGAUAAGAAGGACAAGCAAGACAAGCAGGACAUCUCUGCCAGGGCGCUAUACGACUACCAGGCAGCUGAUGAUACGGAGAUCUCUUUUGAUCCCGGUGACAUCAUUACGGGCAUUUCGAUGACUGACGAUGGCUGGUGGCAUGGCUACAACCAAGACGGGUGCUAUGGACUCUUCCCGGCCAAUUACGUGGCACGGAUCUAAGCCAACCCCGCCCACUCACUGCCUCAGCAUAUCACAAACGGGCUGCAUGAACUGGGGGGGGCUAUUAUAACUCAGAAACAGGCUUCUGUUUUUGAUUGGACAAUCAUUGCAAAAGCUCUGCAACUCAACAAUAUGGCCCAGCUAUACUGAAGACUAUGCCCAUGUCUUUGAAAGCAGCAAGGUUUUAGGAUAUAAAUCAAUGCUUGCUGUUGGAUAGGCUAUGCCAGAUGGGCCUGGAAGCAGUGGUGUUCUCUAUCGGCAGAUCAACAUGAAGGGACAACAUGGUGAUGUCUGCAUUAUCUGCAUUACUGGACAGCAUUAGUCUACAUUUAAUUUUGUUAAGUUUGUUUUAUGGUAAAUGGUAAACGGCUGGCAUUUAUAUUGCGCCUUUAUCCAAGGCGCAGUAUAAUUGGGUGAUGCUUCUCAUUCACCCAUUCACACACACACUCGGACACCAACGGCGAUUGGCUGCCAUGCAAGGCAGCUCGACACACCCAGGGCGGAAACAAAACCGGCAACCCUCCAACAGCCCUUACCGUGUCGCCCCGUUUUACUUGUGGCCAUGCAAAUAAUUUUCAGGAUUGAGAAAAUACUCAACAAUUUUGAGUGAACUUAUUUGGAGCACUCAUUUUAUAAGUGUAUCUGUGUGUAGCCAAAACAGGCUGGGUAAGAUUACUUACUCUAUAUUUCUAUUCUUUAUUUGUGUAUUAUGUAAUUGACUUUUGUAUUCUAAGCUAAUGACCUACCCCCCUGUGAAUAAAUUCUUCUUGGGGGGACAAUAUUGACCAGAGACCAACUGAUCAGUGGCUUGGUACUUUAUUGGGAAAAGGCAGUCAAGCUCUGCCUGGUGGUGCAUGGUUCUUGUAAUUUAAUGUGAAGAGAACCCAUGGACGUUUCUACGUCGGUUCUUGUCAAGUUAGCUUUAAGGAGCCCUCUAAAUGCACGCCAACCUGGGCUCACGACUAUCUAUGCAAAAUAUAAGGCAUGUACUGUGUUGGCUAGACCCCUAACCUGUGUUCUCCACUGAACUGAGAUUCAGCAAUAGUGCUAAUCCCCAUAUUGAGUAAUGGUAGCAUAUAAAGGAGAGUCGAGUGUAACCACUCCCAAUGUUCGUACAUGUUUAAAACCAAUUUCUAGUUUCAAAAUGGAGUCAGAUAACGAAGGUGAAUGUAUUGACUCUAUUGUGGAGAUUCUUGGUCAGCCUGGACCAGUAGAGAGCGGAAGGCAGAGUGGUACUACUGUCUUUGUAACGUGGUUUAUUUAUUGGCUGAUAUAGACUCUCCGCAUAGUGGUCACUAAUAUUUAACCCUACUAACAUCCUUUCAGCAACACCAGAAGGAGUGCCACAAGGUUCCUUCUUGAAAGAGAUUUCCUGAAGAGUCCAGGAUACAACAAUAUACAAUUUAUUUUCGCAUUCGUCCAGUUCCGAAAUGCGGCUAUAUUAUAUACAGUCACUCAGCACUUUAUUAGGACAACUGUACACCUAUUUAUUCAUGCGAUGAUCUAAUCAGCCAAUUGUGUGGCAGCAGUAAAAUCAUGCAGAGAAGGGUCAGGAGCUUCAGUUAAUGUGUGAAAAUCUCAUGUACUAUAAUGAAGACGUUAAUUGUUUAGCUUGCUUAGCUUAGCUUCUUGUACAGGGUUUGCUACCGUUUCCAAAAAGGUAUAAUGUGUCAUAUUCAGGUAAUGGACUGUUUAGGAAUAUCACUGCGUUCAUAUAGCAGAGUGAAUAUGCAGAUGUGCAUAAUUACAGGAUUUGGACUUGCUAUAGAUAAACCUUUAAUUGUACUGGCUAACAGGCUCUGGUUCACCUAAUUUUGAAAUUAAAGUUCCAUUGUAAAUGUGAUGCAGGUUGGUUAGAAAGCAUUAAGGGGAGUCAUUAUUUUUGGAGAGCUUUUUGGACACUUUGGACAUGCUUUAUAAAAUCAUUUUCUCAUAUAUGUGAAUAAAACACAUGUGAAGGUUAA